AUGGGUAAUAAAAAGGCAGACGAAUUAGCCAGUUCCGAAAAAGAUGACCCAUCUGCCAUCUUUUUCGGAACUUUGAGGCUUUCUUCGACGAACGAGCCAAUGAACUCUGGCACAACAAACCUAGUUCCUAUGUUAAUAAUUUAUUCUCUAUUAUCUUCAUUUCAGGCAAUUGCAAAAUGGUGCAAGGAAAAUAAAAUCGAUAUGGUUGUUGUGGGUCCCGAGGAUCCCUUGGCCAAUGGUUUGGGUGAUGUUUUGCAAAAUGCUGGUAUCCCCUGCUUCGGACCGGGUAAAAAGGGUGCCCAGAUUGAAGCUGACAAAAAAUGGGCUAAAGAUUUUAUGAUACGCAACAAUAUACCAACUGCACGUUAUGAAUCGUUUACCGAUUGUGCCAAGGCCAAGGAAUUUAUUAAGAAUGCUCCCUACAAAGCUUUGGUUGUGAAGGCAGCCGGUUUGGCAGCUGGCAAAGGUGUUGUGGUUGCCGCCAAUGCCGAAGAAGCCUGUCAAGCUGUUGAUGAAAUUUUAGGUAGCAAAAAAUACGGCUCAGCUGGUGAAACCUUGGUUAUUGAGGAGCUAUUGAGCGGUGAGGAGGUAUCCGUUUUGGCAUUUGUUGACAAUCAUGGUGUUCAGGCCAUGUUACCGGCCCAAGAUCACAAACGUUUAAAGGAGAAAGAUGAAGGACCCAAUACCGGUGGUAUGGGUGCUUAUUGCCCAUGUCCUUUGAUUACCGCCGAUGCUUUGGAAAUGGUUAAGAAACAGGUGCUGCAACAAGCGGUCGAUGGCCUUCGAUCGGAGGGUAUUGAUUAUAAAGGUGUCCUAUAUGCUGGCAUGAUGUUGACACCCGAUGGUCCUAAAGUUUUGGAAUUUAAUUGCCGUUUUGGUGAUCCGGAGACACAGGUUAUUCUACCCCUGCUGGAUUGUGAUUUGUUUGAGGUUAUGGUUGCCUGCUGCCACAAUAAAUUGAAGGAGGUCAAUUUGAAGUGGAGAACUGGGUUGAGUGCUGUCGGUGUGGUUAUGGCCAGUGCUGGUUAUCCCGAGACAUCGACUAAAGGAUGUGUUAUUGAAGGUAUCCCAGCCAAUACUUCCGAUCAGAUCAUAUUCCACAGCGGUGUGGGUGUUAAUGCCGAUGGAAAAUUUGUCACCAAUGGCGGUCGUGUCUUGAUUGCUGUCACUCUGCGCAAGGAUUUAAAACAAGCUGCCCAAGAUUCAACCAAAAUAUGCCAGAACAUCAAAUUUUCGGGAGCUGGAGCUCAAUUCCGUACUGAUAUUGCUGAAAAGGCCUUUAAAUUCCAAAAACCCACACAACCUUCAUUGUCCUAUAAGGAUAGCGGUGUGGAUAUAGAUGCGGGUGAUGAUUUGGUGCAACGUAUCAAACCAUUGUCGCGUGGUACUCAUAGGCCAGGUGUUAUUGGGGGCUUGGGUGGUUUUGGUGGUCUGUUCCGUUUAAAGGAGUUGGACUACAAAAAUCCGGUGAUAUGUGAGGCCACCAAUGGUGUAGGUUCAAAAAUCCAGUUGUCCUUGUCUUUGGGUACCUAUGAGAAUCUCGGUUAUGAUCUAUUUGCCAUGUGUGCCAAUGAUAUUUUGGAAUCGGGUGCUGAGCCAGUGGCAUUUUUA